CGUACCAUGUGGAUGCAAGGGCAGAGGAAUGUUGGAGGGACAACUAGCAAGUGAAUAAUUAAGCAGCACCUUGUCCGAGGCUCCGAGCCACAGCAGGCACUGCGGGUCCGACGCUCGUGUCCGUAGCCGGUGUGUCCGCCCAAAUAUUCCAAGUCAAAAUCCCAGCACUGCUCCAUCCCAUGAACAUUCCGCUGGCACCAGAUAAGACCAGUAAUAAGGCGAAGUGAUAAAAAAGAGUACGAUUGCUGUAGAGUGGAGGAUAUUUAAGUGCAAUAAUGUUGACCGAAUUCUAAGUAGAGAACUACUAGUCCGCUCCAGCCAGCCCAAUUUGCUCAUAGUUUGGGAACCAUGUGAGAGCCAAUAAUACCUCGAAAAUGCAGAUGCGGGGGCUCAAUUGCGGGAGGUGGAUGUGGGUCCGACUUCAAUGAUGCGUAGGACUGGUUAAAGUUCAUCUGGUUCUCAACUCAACUCAAACCUAAACCCUGCUAAAACGUAUCUAGAUUACGAGUUAGGUUUUUAAGCGGAUUAGCAGGUACAAAUUCUAUGAACGAGAUAAGAAAAACAGAUAUCUUUAUUUUUCUUUGUUGUAUGGGAUAGACCACUUUGCUUGUUGCUGUCUCUAAUUCCAAAAGUCACUUGCUACGUUCUAACGAUUUUGACCAAAAGGGAGCCCGAAUCUGAUCAAACCCAUCACUCUUCUAACAUAUUUUUGAUAUAAAUAAUAUUUUCCUACUCCACCUCCCGCUCCGCCCUCGGCGAGCCCACCUCCUCCGCACGGUGCUCUUUAUGCGGACUAAAUUGUCUACGUACCACCCUUACAAGAAGAGCACCGAGUUUUAAAUGUAAAAGUUUCCCGAGUAUAUCAGACAGAUUUUUAUAGUGUAUACCACCGUGUCCGUAACCAACGGUCACAUGCUGCAAAAGCUAUCCAUUAACAUCCCACCCAAUGUAAUCCUCAAGUUCAUCAAAUCCUACUUAAUCUCCGGUGAACUAGAUCGCGCCCGUGACCUGUUCGAUAGAAUUCCCAAACCAGAUCUCCGCUCCUUGACGAUGUUAUUCACGGCCUACACCAAACAAGGCCGUCCAAAAGAAUCAGUAAACCUUUACCGGCGUCUCCGUAGUGAGAAUAGAAUCGAUCCUGAUAAGUUGGUCCUGCUAUCCAUUAUUAAGGCUUGCGCGCAUUCUACCAAUCUCAUCGAUGCCAAAGAGAUGCAUGAAGAGGUCGUUAAGCUAGGGUUUGGUUCGGACCUUCUUUUGGGAAAUGCGUUGGUGGACAUGUACGGAAAAUGCGGGUUUAGCGAGGGAGCUAAGGGAGUCUUUGAUGUCUUACAGGAAAAGGAUGUGAUAUCGUGGACUUCGUUAAUAGCGGCUUAUGCGAAUUGUAGGCUAUCAAGAGAAGGAUUGCAUGUGCUUCAUGAGAUGAUUCUAUCCGGGACAAGACCCAAUUCAGUGACGUUGUCGACAGUGCUUCCUAUGUGCUCGAAAUUGCAGCUUUUAGAUCUCGGGAGAGCAAUUCAUUGUUUUGCUAUAAGAAACAGAUUAGAAGAUGAUAUCUUUGUAAGCAGUGGGCUUGUGGAUAUGUAUGCCAGUUGUUUGAGCACAUGCCAAGCAAGGAUUGUAUUUAAUAGCAUCAGAGAAAAGGAUGUUGUGUCUUGUAUAGUGAUUUUAUCAGCAUAUUUUUCUGCUGGGGAGUGUGAGGAGGCUCUCGAGCUCUUCUCAUGGAUGAAAUUUCACAGAAUUCCGAUGAACUCCGCUUCAUGGAACUGCAUGAUUAGUGGGCUUGUGCAAAAUGGAAAGACAGAGAAGGCAUUUGAAGUGUUUGCUGAAAUGUUUGACUCAGGAUUUAGACCCAACAAAGUUACAAUGGCCUGCAUAUUGCCUGCUUGUAUUAAUCUCGAGAAUUUAAGAGGGGGGAAGGAAAUACAUGGCUAUGUUAUUCGACACUGGUUUACGGAGGACACAAUGGUGGUAACAUCUAUCGUAUUCAUGUAUGCCAAAUGUGGAGACUUGGACAAGUCGAGAGUAGUGUUUGAUAAAAUGACUAGAAAGGAUACUGUUGCUUGGAAUACAAUGAUCAUUGCGAAUUCCAUGCAUGGUUGUGGGAGCGAAGCACUGUCUAUCUUUAGCCAAAUGAUUGAGACUGGUGUGCGCCCUAAUUCACAGACUUUCACUGGGGUUUUAUCUGCUUGUAGCCACUCGCAGCUCGUCGAUGAAGGCCGGUGGGUUUUCAAUUCCAUGAAAAUUGACCAUGAUUUCGAGCCAGAUGCUGAGCAUUAUGCCUGUAUGGUUGAUGUGUUAAGCCGCGCCGGUUAUCUUUACGAGGCUUAUGAGCUAAUUCAGAGCAUGCCCAUGGAACCAACCGCAAGUGCUUGGGGAGCACUACUCGCCGCUUGUAGAGUACACAAAAAUGUUGAAUUGGGAAAAGUUGCUGCUGAACAUCUGUUUGAGAUUGAACCUGAAAAUGCUGGGAACUAUGUUCUUCUCUCAAAUAUGUUGGUCACCGCCAAAUUGUGGGAUGAUGCAUCGAAGAUUAGGGUUUUAAUGAGGGAUAAAUUGAGGGAAAGAGGAAUAACAAAAGUGCCGGGAUGCAGUUGGAUACAAAUUGGAAGGAAAGUCUAUACUUUUGUUAAGGGUGAUAAGAGGAAUGGUCAGAGUGAUGAGAUAUAUGGUUUCUUGAAAGAGAUAGCGGAGAAGAUGAGACUCGAAGGUUAUCUCCCUGAUACAAACUUUGUUCUUCAAGAUAUUAAUAGAGAGGAGAAGGAAGAAGUUUUGUGUAGCCACAGUGAAAAGCUUGCAGUGGCGCUCGGCAUAUUGAACUUGAACGGUGGAUCUGUUAUUCGGGUGUUCAAAAACUUGAGAAUUUGCGGCGACUGUCACAAUGCUAUCAAGUUCAUAGCAAAGAUUAUUGGGGUACAGGUCAUUGUGAGAGAUAAUGUGAGGUUCCACCAUUUUAGGGAUGGUUCUUGUUCAUGCAGGGAUCUGUGGUGACCCUAACUUUUUUUUUUUUUUUUUUUUUUUUGAGAGAGAGAAAGAUAGUAUAUCUUCUUCAAUUAUUUCUUUUAGAAAUAAAUUUAGCUAAAAAUAUGAAUCAAAUAGAAUUCGAACAUAGAAACUCAUAUA